AUGCCUAUCUGCGAGAUCUGCAAUGUGCUCGACAUAGAAGACCCCCGUGCAGAGUUCCAGCUAGGGGAGUACAGCGCUCUCGUCGCUCGUGCAGACGAAGGCUGCAACUCCUGCAAGUUCUUCUGCGACGUGAUCCAAACCUCUAGUCGCUGGAGAGAGAGGCUGACCGAGAUUCCCGGCCACAUCGUAUUCUUGGCGAGUCGACGUCUGGAUGUUAGGAAGGCGGACCGAUUGGAUCGGCGUACGUAUAGCUCGGAUGACUUGGAAUUGGAUAUCUGCGUUCCGGAGGACUAUGUCGGUCCCAAAGAUGAUGAGGUUGAUCGUAUUCGCUCUAUCGACGAUACCGAGAUCGAUCCAGAUUCUUCACCCAAGACAUUUCAAGAUGCACUGGCCAUCGCACGUCACCUAGAGAUCUCCUAUCUCUGGAUCCGCGAUCUCUGCAGCAACGAGAGAGAUCCAGCCGCCUCAGCCGAAGAGUUACACAAGCUCGGAGCCAUCUACUCGAACUCUGCACUCAUCAUCUCAGUCAGAACCGGAGACGACCUCAACUCAGGCAUCUUCAGCACGCGGCCGAUCCAUUGCUCGCCCGUCCUCGGACAGAAAAAGCUGCACUGUCUCCGGCCAAGAAUGCUUCGGUGGACCGACGCCAUCGACUACGGCUUCAGCGGACGAGCAGCGCAGGAGAGAAUGCUGGCUCCAAGAACAGUCCAUUAUACGGAGCACCAGAUGAUAUGGGAGUGUGCUGCCGGGUACCAGUUCGAGGCUUUAGGUAUCCUGGACAAGCAGAGGGGAUCGGGGCAGGUUAGGCAGCAGUAA